GACACAGAAAAGGGUAGAAGAUGACGAAGAGGAGGAGACGGCAGAGAAGGAAGAAGAGACGGAGGAGAAGGAUGAGGAGGAAGACCGGCGGUGCCAGACACUGCGACGCCGCGUCGGCUUCGUCUGCGACCUCUGCACGACCUUCUUUUCCAGUGUCAAGGGAUGCUGGGGAAUCCCUCAUGCUGUAGAGUUACUGCUCGCACUCUUCAAACUCUCCACGCAGUCUCACAUCCAGCUGGAUAAGACCGAGAUGGCAAAGGUUAGCGGAGUGUGGCGACGCGGCGCCGCCUCCCUCCUGGGGGCGCUGAACGCGGGCGAGGCAGCUACCGGCUUCAUCAGGCAGGCUGCCGAUCACCUGAGGUCAGAGGUCGCGCUUCCGGGCACCUCGCCACACAGGGUGGUGGAGCUAGCAUCCAAGGCUGCAGACUUGCUGAUCGUUGCCACGGAAACCUCGCCCGACGAUGCUGCGCUGUUCCUCAGGAAGGUGCUGCCCUCGCGUGAGCAAUGGAGGAAACUCGAGCAGCAAGGCUUGGUCGAUCAGUGGGAAGCCGUCGUUGCUCUCACCGGACAGCUCGCCCUCACGAUGGCGCCACCGUCGACCGUGGGGGCGCCACCGUGCUCACAGGCGCACGCCGUGGCGACGGCGUUCAGCGCCAACCUGCUCAUGAUGGCGGCGCAGCGAGUCUCCGCCCGCAAGACUGGUGAGUGGCGCCCCCUUGUGGCGCAUCACCGGGAAAAUCGACGGCGAGAAAAAAACACCGUCCACAAAUAA